GCCGGGAGCAAUCAUGUCUUCCGCAUCCGCCACCGCCCAAGGCUUCACCCUGCCUCUCGACACCGACAACCACCACGACUUCGCCUUCGACCUUGAACCCCGCAAUUCACCGGCAGCCCAACAGCGCCAAGUCAAGCAGCAGCAGCAGCAUCAGCAUCAGCAGCAGCAGCGCUCGUCUAUCGACUCCAACCUGCUGUCGCCCUUCCUGUCGCGCGUCAAUAGCGACUCCCUCUCACCCGCCAAUCCCUCGGAAACGCCUGCCGGAUCCACCUCGACGCUGAGCAUAUACCAGUCUAGCGACUUCAGUGACUUCGACGACGACCCCUUCUUCGGUGCCAACUUCACCAAUCCCGAGGUCGGCACACCAUCAUUCCUGGACGACCAGAGCGUAUGGGACCUCUCACUAAACAAUACCCCACCAGUUGAGCCCCAGCAAGAGCACAAUGCCAACGACGACUCCUAUCCUCUGACGCCGGACCAAACAGCCUCUGUCCACACGUUGUCGCCGGGAAGUGAAGAGAGGACAACCCUCACGCCGCCCGACCAGCAUCAGCUUCCCAGCUCCGUCUCGCCGCAGCAGCUCCAAAAGGCCUUCAAGCCGAAUCCCCUUGUCAUCCCGCCACCUCAGUUGACCCCCAGCCAGACCGACAGUGGACGAUCCAGCGAGGACGGCUUGGCGCCUGCUCCUGUCGAUAUGCGGUGUCAAAGUCCCCGAGUCACCAUCUCCGUAUGGGACAAGGACAAUAACGGACCCAUACACACCGUUGAGCGGACUUUUGAAGACAGUCCCUCGACGGUACGGGGCGGCCUCGAGUCCGCGGGAGACUUGAUCACAUUGUCCGCGAACCAGGGACACGGCCAGGCGGCUACUGCAGCCACUGCUUCAAGGGAUUCCAUAGGCCAAUGGCGACGUGACCCUGUCACCGGCCAUUCCGGCCUAGAUCCCAAGAGGCGGCCUGGCGAGGAAAUUGCAAGCAUCAAUGAGAUUAUCAGCCGCCGAGAGAUUGAGGAGAAGAACCAGGAAGUCGGCAAGUGGCUCACCGGCAAUGCGCAUGACACCGUUACUCCCGAGAGGCCGUCCCAGGAGGACAUUAAUGCUGCAGAAGAGCAAAAUCGCAAUAGCAACGAUGGCAUCCCCCUUGGCGACCAGACCGAGAACAAGUACAUCCCCGGCCAGACGUACUAUGCCCCAAAUGGUGCCGGCCAGUUGUCGGACGAGGAUUAUGACAUUAUCUAUGCCAACCGCGGCUGGGCUGACGCUCCCAUGCUUCACUCUAUCAGAAAUGGCGGCCAAAGCCGCCAUCAGCCCCAGAGCUCGCAGGCCGCCAUCGAGCGGUUCGAGAGAAUGUGUCGUGACAACGACUCUAUCAUCUCCCGAGCUGCAACAUGGGGCACUCGCCGCCGCAGCUUGCCCAGCGUUGUCGACCUUGAUAUUGAGGGUGUCACCAGCGGCAACUUCUUGAAGAAGCUGUCCAUUAGUCGAGGCGGCGAUAAGAGCAGCAGGUCCAGCAGUCUCUUUAAAGACAUUCGCGGCCUUGUCCGCCGCCCCAGCGGCUCUCACAUGCGCAAGCGCUCUCGCAGCGGACAGCGAGAAGGCGAGGCUGCGGGUGACCAGGCGGAGCCCACUUCAACUCACAAUAAGCGUGAUAGCAUGCCGCACCUUUCUCCCCUAUCGCGCACGUCCAGCUGGGGCAAGAAAAACCAGGCCCCGAGCAUCAACACCGCCUUGGUGUCCAUGGGCCAGAAUAUUGCCUCCAUCGGCACGACGCACUCGCGCGCUGGAUCCAUCAGCACCAUUCCUGCGCCCUCGACCUCCAAGGGUCCCCGUCUCAAUAUCAGGAACUCUCUCAGAAGGCCGCGAAGCAAGUCGGACCUACCCAAGCCAACAGCUUCCUCCUCUUCCACCACCAACAGUAACACCGACGGUACUCGCUCCAGUCUCGCCCACUUGUGGCAGAGUGUUGGUGGUCCGCCAGUAGCUGCUCUGCCCGUCGAACCAGACGAGGAUGAGGACGAAGAUGACGAUUUUUACGAAGAUAACGACAUGAAGAUGAACCCCAAUAUUAUUGACGACAUUACGCCGAACUUUGCUGGCUUUCAGCAACACAUCCAGACCCUGAACCCAGGACUCUCACCGGCCAAUAGCUACCUCGUAGAUCGCAUUGCGCACCAGCAAAUUGUUCGAUACAAGCAGCUACUAAACAACAAGGUCAAGCACCUCGGUCUCGGCGCCAAUUGCCCCUGCGGUCCCCUCUGCUUGGCGCUUGGGGGCUCAGCGAAUGUGCUGAGCGCAAGGGCAGGAGAUGGUAAUGGCGGCAGCAAGGGGCUGGACGCCUUGUCGGCUCCCUAUGACGAGGACGACGAUGUCACGCCGACCGAGGGCGCCAUCAAUCAGGAAAGCUUCCCGACCGACAUCCCCAUGCCGCCGACUCAGCACCUGCCGGCUGAGUUCGAAUGCCAGCUAUGCUACCAGAAGAAGAAGUUCCUCAAGCCGUCCGACUGGACGAAGCACGUGCACGAGGACGUGCAGCCCUUUACGUGCACCUGGGACAAGUGCCGGGAUCCCAAGAUCUUCAAGCGCAAGGCCGACUGGGUGCGCCACGAAAACGAGGGCCACCGACACUUGGAGUGGUGGAUGUGCGAUGUCGAAGAUUGCCGGCAUACGUGCUACCGCCGCGACAAUUUCCUGCAGCACCUCGUCCGCGAGCACAAGUUCCAGGAGCCCAAGGUGAAAACCAAGGCGGCCAUGAAGAAGGCCGGCACGGUCGAUCCCACCUGGCACAAGGUUGAGCAGUGCCAUGUGGAAACGAGCAAGCAGCCGCACGAGGAGCCGUGCAGGUUCUGCGGCAAAGUCUUCCCGACGUGGAAGAAGUUGACUGUUCAUCUGGCCAAGCAUAUGGAGCAAAUCUCGCUUCCCGUGCUGCGCUUGGUAGCGGCCAAGGCAAAAGAACUGGCGGCGGAUACCAUCAUCAGCCCGGUCCAGGAUCCGCCCCCACGGCACGAGAUACCGCUCAUGCCAGAGCAGAGGUCGCCUGCCCCCAUGCGGUAUGUGGACAAUGGCCAGCAGCAGCAGCAGCAGCAGCAGCCGCUCCAGCAACACCAGCAGCUUUCCUCCGUACCGUCCAUGGCUCCCCAACAGCAGCCGCACCAGCAACCAGUGUCGUAUGCGCAGGCCCAGGGCACCUUCAUGUAUCCCGUGAUGCCCCCAGGACCGUCCUUCACGCCGUUCUAUUCUCCCCAAUUCGAGAGCAUCGGUCACAGCCUGCAUCAACCCCCGUCGAUGGCCGCUAGCCCGCUAGGCUACGACCCCGGCCGGCGGGUUCAGGACAUGCCAGUCACUUCGGCUCCGUAUGUGCAGGGGUCGAAUCCGUAUGCCAACAUGACAAUGGCAAAUGAGGUGGAGCCACCAUUCCCACCCCUGAAUGCGCUGGGCCUGCAGAACGUGCCCGUACAGGUUGCCGGCGUCCCCCCUAUGGGCGCGCAGAUGGCGUACGACAACAUGAUGGACCCGUCAAGCGUCAACGGCAGCCCAUUCAGCGGACACGAAACGCUGUCGACCUAUUCUCACUCUCCUCACCAGGGCGCGAUUCAUCUAGAUACCAAGAGCUGGGAUGAUAGACAGGUGUCUGGAUUUUUCUGA